CGAUCGAGAAGCAUUCAUCUUACCCCAUCUUAUACUUAAUACAUACUCUUACAUCUCUUGGUUUCUUGGUUUCAUCCAUUUGACUCUACAAAAAGAAGUUAACAAGAAACUGUUUAAAUUCAAAUCGAAUUGAAUGUCAACUCUUUAAAACUUGUUGUGGAUCCUCUUGACUUCCAUCCUGAUCGAUUCUUCUUUCACUUCACAGACAAUUUCUCAUUUAAAUCAGGACCUCCUUUGAUCAGUUCUUACUUAUACCUCAUUCUAACUGACUUGUCGUUGAGAUACUCCUUUGAUCUCAACUUCAGAAUCAACCUAUCACCAUUUAUGUAGACUACUGGUGCUUCUUAACUUAUCACUCUGUACAUCCUCUUCGAAUGAUGAUCUAAUCCGAUAUACAAAAGAUCAUUGUUAGGAAAAGGCUCAUUGUACAAAUCAGAAAAAACCCAAUUUCCAUUCUCUGCCCAAAUCGAAUUUAGCAUCAUCCUAAACUUCUAAGCUUACGGAACUCUGGCCUGUAUCAUCAUCAUCAUCCAUCCAUCCCUUAAUAAGGUUUUCUGUAUCGAUUCCUCAUCCAAUCCUAAAGAAUACCAACAACUUCCCCAACAAAAUUAUAUCCAUCAUAAUCUCUCGACAGUGUGAAAUCCAAUUGGACUCUUCUCAUCCACCACUCAGAUUAAAAUCGUAAUUACUUGAAAAAAUAUCACUUUGGCCUUUCUUGCACUAUAAGUUUUUGUAAAAAGUAAAAGUGAAUUUAUCGAUCAAAACUCAUCACAUCAUGGCCGUAUCAAUUAUUUGUGCAUCCCCUCCGCUUCUCAAGCCAACGCCUAUUCGUCCUGUUUGUAGAAGAGCAAUUGAAGCUCAAGCAGAAAAAAUCGAGGUCACCCCUCUCCAACCUCGACGUGCUGGUCCUACAGAACGCCGUCCGAGUAUGCUGCGAGCUACUACUCUUGACGGCCGAAGUUUAGAAGAAGUAAUCCAAGCAGCUCAUCGAGCAUCACGGUAUGAUCAAGUUACAGUCAAAACACCUUCUACACCACAAUAUCAAUCAACAUCUUAUACUUAUCAAUCAAGACCACAUCUAAGAACCGAACGAAGAGAGUCAUGGCAUUCCAAUUCAACAGAUCAUUCUUACCAUCCUAAUCCUCAUCAACGUUCUCGUCCUUCUUCAAUGGAUGAUGUACAAGCAUACGAUUAUCCUUAUCAGUAUCCAAGCCGACAUGAUUAUUCAUUGACUAGUCAUCCAUAUUGAAUCAUCUAUCAGAUCUCAAGUCUUUUUUUAAACUCUUUUACAAUCUUUUAUUUGCGAAACCGAUUCGUAAUUCUAGUUUUAUUUUUGUUUUGACUGAAUUUUUUUUUUCCCGUUUUGCUUGAUCAUUUUUGAUACACAUGCUUUUGUAAGCAAGAAGAAAAAAAAACACUAAAAAAUUAAAACCAAAAGAAAUUCAUUUUACAUGAAAGAUUU